GAAUACUCAGUCAGUUUAGGAUCAUCGAACAAGAUGCAGCAGUUAGUGUUUGUCGUCUGCUUGCUCGUACCCAUCAGUGCCCAGCUGUCCAUGUAUACGGUCGGGAACUUCCCAGAUCCUAUCGAAAGAUACCAAGCGUGCGGCAGACCUAGACCCUCAUUCAUCUGCGAUCCAAGUGGCCGUCUCCCAGAAAGUACAGCGGAUACAAUUGACAACCUGGUAAAGUCGAUUUACAACGAGACCACUGUACCAUGCUAUUCUUCCGGUCCACGGGCGACAAGGCGUAAGGGAUACAUCGUGAUGGUAGCCGUCGUACCAAAAAUGGAGAGAUACUUUACGCUCGAUAAAAAGGGAUACAGUAUGCACACGAGGUACCGUGAGGCCCAGUACUUCAGCUAUUAUCUGGGACAAUCCAUCAAGUGGGGCAAACAUUCUUCCAACUGCAAAGAAAUGGUCAUCAUACUCUACUCAGUCGAAGAUGGCGUGUUGUACACGUCAACCCAGGCUGUAGCACGGCGUCGUCUGACGGAUGAGAAAGUUCAAGACACAGUCAUGGAGGCCCUAACCAUUUAUUAUCCGUUUAAUUCAAACGUCCGACGCGCGGCUGAAACUAUUGAAUAUCUUGUUAGGAACUAUGGGGAAUCACUGCGUGAGGACGUAGCGACAGCUUAGAAAGCGAGAACCAUCAUUGUUGUACGCCUGUGAUACGCUGUAUAUGGAGCAGACGAAAAAUAGAACAUUUUUUCUGUUAUUUUGAUUCAAUAUACGAUCUUGUAACAUGUCAGACAAGUUCAUAAUAAUCAACAGUUUGUAUAUAUACGCCAUUUUAUCCUUACAUAUACAGCAAAGAUGAGAGAAGUUCAGACGAUGGUUUGUUUUCUAUUCAGAAAAUAAUAUAAAAUGUUUGCUAGUUGUUUUAUUAAAUCAUAAGAUGUACGUUAAAUCAUGUAAAGGGCUAAAUGGGCUUUAUAGUCCUUUCGAACUUCCGAAACCACAUAAUAUGAACAAAGAAAUUUGAAGGAUCAUCGCAGAAGCCAUAAUACUCAAACUUCUGAGAUAAAAAAUCAACAUGUUUAAACCUCGGUUGAUUUAUAGGCAGAAUUCCAGUCUCUUUGAUGGCUCGAAAACGAUAGAUGACUCGCAGAAAAAAGUGUAUAUAAUCAGCGUUUUUGAAAAGAACCCAAAGAAAAAAGGCAGUUCAUAAAUAACUUAUGACUUGUUUCCAAAAAAACUUAAUCAUUUAACUAUUUCUUAGAAUAAAAAAUAUAUUAAAAACAGAUGAAACAGCUGCCUAAAUGAGUGUUAUACAUAAUAACAUGGUAAUAAAUGCGCUAUUAUUAAUACUGCACAUGAAUUUAUAUCGUUAAAGUAAAAAAAGGGAGGUAAUCAGAAACAACAGAUUCAAUAAAACGUUCUUCCAUGUUCAUUUAUAUUCUAACCUUUGACAAAUAUUCGAGAAAACAUUUAUUAGAAAUAGGAUUUAAGAAGAAUUAAAUGCAUUUUAUGUUCAUAACGCUGCCACAUUUUCCUGCAUUUUGAACAUAGGCAUUAUGAGCUAGAGAUCACAUUCUAUUAAAACACUCUUUUUAUACAUGUGUGGUGUAAAUGUAUUACGGCACUAUAACACGUUAUUAAAACAUGUUUGAUAGUAAAUGAACUCUUUAUUCACUCAACUUGGCCUUUUGUAAUUUUAUAUGCUAGAAUAGCUUCAACGCAUUUUUAGUUCCUGUUUUAUGUGCGGAAACAUCCAGGAUACGUCGAUAUCCUCGCCCUAUUGGACUUGGGUACCUAUCAGACCCUUGAGAUUCAUCAAGAUUCAUCAAGAAAGAACCAUUCCUUAUCCCUACAAUAUCUUUACAAAUAUCUUUACUAAUGUCUGUAACCGAGGUUAUAAAUAGCCGGGGUUGGAUAUGUAAGAUUAAAAAGUGUUCUUUCAGCAGCUAUUUUUUCUACGUAUCCCACUUUUUUGGAGAUUAGAUAGGGUAAAUGCUUACCUCGGCAUUUUUGGAGGUCUUAGUGCUCAUUUAGAGGUUUAUGUUUUCCUGUUAGAUAUUUUUAUGCGAAUGCAUGAAUUUCAGUGUAAAGUUUGAAGAAAUAUAUCAUAAUCAUUU